UUGAAUAGAGUAGACAGAGUAAAAGAUGGGAGGAAAAUUCUUCUGCCUUCUGGUAGCUUCAACUUUGAUAGCCUACUACAUCUACCAGCCUUUACCAGACAAUGUGGAGGAACCCUGGAAACUGAUGCUUUUGGAUGCUAUAUGGAGAAGCCUAAUUCAUGCGGCCACAUUUGUGGAGAUGUUGGGUGUUGGACACUUUAUAGAGGUUCUAAAUCUGUACACAAUUGCUACAUACACACCACCUACAUCUGAUGAAAAUGUUAUUGUAACAGACACAGAAUUUAGCCAUGUUCCAGUACGCCUUUACAUUCCUACAAAGCAGUCAGAUGUCUUGAAAAGAGCAGUGAUUUUCAUCCAUGGAGGUGGAUGGUGUACAGGAUCAGCAACCAUGAAAGCCUAUGACCUCUUAUCAAGAUGGACAUCAGAAAGACUGGGUGCUAUUGUGGUGUCAGUCGAUUACAGACUAGCUCCAAAAUAUCGAUUCCCAGUUGCAUUUGAAGAUGUGUACUCAGUAUCAAAAUACUUUCUACAAAGCAGCAUUCUGGAGAAAUAUAAUGUAGACCCAAGCCACAUCGCCAUUGCAGGAGACAGCGCAGGAGGUAACUUAGCUGCAGCUGUAACCCAACAGAUUCUAGAUGACCCUGAUGUCAAAGCUACAUUCAAGAUUCAAGCUUUAUUGUACCCUGGUCUUCAGAGUAUUGAUCUGGAAUUGCCAUCCUAUCAGGAUAAUAAAAACAUGCCAAUUCUGCCUAAAACAUUACUAAUCAGAGUCCGCAGUGAAUAUAUUACAUCAGAUGACUCUUUUUCCAAAGCUUUAGAGACCAACCAACUUGUUCCUGCAGAGUUCAACCAUUUGUUUAAAUUUGUAAACUGGAGUAAGUGGCUACCUGAAAGAUUUAAAAAAGGCCACAUUUACACUGACCCAUCACAUAGAAAUUCCAAAACUGGACACAAAUAUCCAGGUUUACUGGAUCCAAGGCUGGCACCACUUUUAGUUGAGGACAUUAAGCUUCAGGGCUUACCACUUACAUAUGUCCUCACUUGUCAAUAUGACAUCUUGAGGGAUGAUGGAAUCAUAUAUGUUUCCCGUCUUAGGGAAGCAGGAGUUAAAGUAGCACACGAACAUGUUGACAAUGCUUUUCAUGGUGUUGUAACAUUUAUUACAGGCCCCUUUGCCCCAAAUAUAGGACACAGAAUGGCUAACAACUACAUUGAGUGGCUGAAUAAGAACCUGUGAAAACACACCUAUACCACCUGAAGAUGGUUGCCUUGGA